UAUUGUUCCUAUGCAGGAUAUUGCGACGACUCAAUGCUUGCAAAAAUUUUCCAACAACGGAGAAAUAUUAAAACAAUUUGGAUAAGAGAGAGUGCAGUGUGGCAUGUUUAGUUACGUGGCGUGUUUCGAUUUUCGGUUUUACACUGCUAGUUUGUCUCAUUUUUUACUAUUUUCUCAUACUGUAAACGUACUAUGGUUUUUUAAAUAAUUAUCAUCGUAAUAAGUAAAAUUUCGAGAACUUCUUUCCUUUGACUUUCUCAAUGGAUCCAUUAGUGCAGGUGAAACCUGAACCGAGUGACUCAGAUGAUUUGCCAGUGGAUGAUAUCGAUAUUGACGAUAGUCGAUACUGGUCAGACUUGAGGCAGGCCAUGGAAGAAGAAAAGAUGCCAUUCAACUUUCACAACGCUUUGUAUGAUGGGAAGAAGGAGAAAGUCCUACGAAACGAUGAAGAUGAAGUUGUAAUGGAAAUAAAGCAAGAAGAAAAAGAAGAAGAGAAAGAGGAGGAGGCGGAGGAAGGAGUGGAGGAUCAAGAAGAAGAAAAGGAAGAAGUAGUAGAAAUAAAAGAAGAAAGAGUCCAAGAGAAUGAUGACGAGGAAGAGGAGGAUGAGGAGGGGUGGUGGUGGUGGGUGGGGACGGAUGAUGAGGAGGAGGAGGAGGAGGAGGAGGAGAAGGAGGAUGAAGAUAAGGAGGAGGGAGAAGAAACAACACAAACACCAUAUUACAAAGGGAUGAAUCUUAAUCCUUACGUCAAACUGUAUCGUUUGGAGGAUCUUCAUAGACGGGCUGUCCUCAAAAAUCGCAAAUCGAAUCUUGAUCCAUCAGGGAGCAAAUCAACUGUCAGAGGAGGGGGAAGAGAUGCAGAGAAGCAAGGUUACAAUAGUCAAAGUGCUGUGAUUUUCACAACGACAGGUGACCAUAGUCAAAGUGCUGUGAUUCUCACAACGACAGGUGACCAUAGUCAAAGUGCUGUGAUUCUCACAACGACAGGUGACCAUAGUCAAAGUGCUGUGAUUCUCACAACGACAGGUGACCAUAGUCAAAGUGCUGUGAUUCUCACAACGACAGGUGACCAUAGUCAAAGUGCUGUGAUUUUCAAAACGUCAGGAGAUAGAAGCAAUGUCAGUCAGCAUAAUGAUAACUCCAAGAAAGAAGGAACAGCUCAACUGAAUGAAGAAUAUGGAAAGAACACAACUACUAAGAAGCUCCAUCUAUUUGAAAUUCACUUCUAA